CGUACGUGUACAAGUCUGCGGUCGUGCUGACCACUGUGGACAGCAGUAGCAACUGCACGACCGCACUCCGCGUCACGACCGCUGGUGCAGUCUGGUAGUGGCCCCGUGUCCACACCUGCCGCCUUCUGACACGGGGCACAUCGUUCUCGUCAGUAUGCAAAAGUUCGCGCCACAGCUGAGAAUACAACGCGUUGCUACUGCACCAGCUUUGCUACACCUUCACUCGUUUCACCGCCGACAAGGAUUAAUUUAAAUUUAUUCGUAAUUUCUUCCUGUCUACAUGAAGGCGAUUGCAGCGCAUACAUCAGGAUUUGUGUUGGCAGUGGCGUACCUACUAACAGGUGUGAUACUAGUUUAUGGAUCACCCGUGGGAGAAUGUCCACCAGUGGAUCCGCUGGACCACACUGACCAUCUACCGGACGACAAAAACUGUUCACUAUUCUAUAAAUGCGAUCAUGCAGCUCCAGUGUUAUUUGUGUGUCCUGACGAACUUCAUUUCAAUAGAGUACUAGAGGUAUGUGAUUGGCCAGAUGUAGCUGGGUGCACUGCGAAUACAGGCGCUAGUUCCACUGCAGUGCCAACUGCAGCACCAACUGCUGGAUCUACGUCUCCAUCAACUUCAACUGAUAAACCGCAAACCGCUGCACCCAUCACGUCAACAACAUCUAGCCCUGCGCAGGCAUGUCCAGCGGUCGGCACGUGUCCACAAUAUGAAGAUGAAAACUCGAUUGCUAAGCAUCUGCCACAUGCUACAAACUGCAGUCAGUUCUGCAAAUGUGAUCAUGGUAAACCUGUCACUAUGGACUGCCCUGCUGGACUACACUUCAAUGCUGUUCUUGAGGUAUGUGAUUGGCCACAAAAUGCUGGAUGUUCAGGUGGCUCUGGAAGCACGUCAAAUCCAACUAGCUCCACACCUUCAUCAAGCAGUGCUGCCACCACUCAGGCUCCUACUUCGGCCCCAACAGCCAAACCUACCACAGCUGCACCAGGCACAACAGCUGAACCUACCACAGCUGCACCAAGCACAACUGCCAAGCCUACCACAGCUGCACCAACCACAACAGCUCAACCAACUACAGCUGCACCAAGCUCUUCGUCAACUGCAGCUCCCAGCUCACCAGCAACAUCAGCCCCAUCUGGAGACUGCCCAGCAAUCGGUGUAUGUCCUCAAUAUGAAGAUGAGAAUUCAAUAGCAAAACAUCUUCCCCAUGCCUCAAACUGCAGUCAGUUCUGCAAAUGUGAUCAUGGUAAACCUGUCACUAUGGAUUGCCCAGCUGGACUGCACUUCAAUGCUGUUCUGGAGGUCUGUGACUGGCCACAAAAUGCUGGAUGUUCUGGUGGCUCUGGAAGCACGUCAAAUCCAACUAGCUCCACACCUUCAUCAAGCAGCGCUGCCACCACUCAGGCUCCUACUUCGGCCCCAACAGCCAAACCUACCACAGCUGCACCAGGCACAACAGCUGAACCUACCACAGCUGCACCAAGCACAACUGCCAAGCCUACCACAGCUGCACCAACCACAACAGCUCAACCAACUACAGCUGCACCAAGCUCUUCAUCAACUGCAGCUCCCAGCUCACCAGCAACAUCAGCCCCAUCUGGAGACUGCCCAGCAAUCGGUGUCUGUCCUCAAUAUGAAGAUGAGAAUUCAAUAGCAAAACAUCUUCCCCAUGCCUCAAACUGCAGUCAAUUCUGCAAAUGUGAUCAUGGUAAACCUGUCACUAUGGAUUGCCCAGCUGGACUACACUUCAAUGCUGUUCUUGAGGUAUGUGAUUGGCCUCAAACUGCUGGAUGUUCAGGUGGCUCUGGAAGCACGUCAAAUCCAACUAGCUCCACACCUUCAUCAAGUAGUGCUGCGACCACUCCAGCUCCUACUUCAGCACCGAGCACAACAAUCGAACCUACCACAGCAGCACCUAGCACAACAGUUCAGCCAACUACAGCUGCCCCAUCCACGACAGGCCAGCCAACCACAGUAGCACCAACCACAACAGUUCAGCCAACCACAUCUGCACCUAGCACCACAGCCAAACCUACCACAGCUGCACCAACCACAACAGUUCAGCCAACCACAGUUGCACCCAGUACCACAGCCAAACCUACCACAGCUGCGCCAACUACAACAGUUCAGCCAACCACGUCUGCACCUAGCACCACAUCCAAACCUACCACAGCUGCACCAACCACAACAGCUGAACCAACCACAGCUGCACCAAGCUCUUCAUCAACAGCAGCACCUAGCUCACCAGCAACAUCAGCACCAUCUGGAGACUGCCCAGCAAUCGGUGUAUGUCCUCAAUAUGAAGAUGAGAAUUCAAUAGCAAAACAUCUUCCCCAUGCCUCAAACUGCAGUCAAUUCUGCAAGUGUGAUCAUGGUAAACCUGUCACUAUGGAUUGCCCAGCUGGACUACACUUCAAUGCUGUUCUUGAGGUAUGUGAUUGGCCACAAAAUGCUGGAUGUUCUGGUGGCUCUGGAAGCACGUCAAAUCCAACUAGCUCCACACCUUCAUCAAGCAGUGCUGCCACCACUCAGGCUCCUACUUCGGCCCCAACAGCCAAACCUACCACAGCUGCACCGGGCACAACAGCUGAACCUACCACAGCUGCACCAAGCACAACUGCCAAGCCUACCACAGCUGCACCAACCACAACAGCUCAACCAACUACAGCUGCACCAAGCUCUUCGUCAACUGCAGCUCCCAGCUCACCAGCAACAUCAGCCCCAUCUGGAGACUGCCCAGCAAUCGGUGUCUGUCCUCAAUAUGAAGAUGAGAAUUCAAUAGCAAAACAUCUUCCCCAUGCCUCAAACUGCAGUCAGUUCUGCAAAUGUGAUCAUGGUAAACCUGUCACUAUGGAUUGCCCAGCUGGACUGCACUUCAAUGCUGUUCUGGAGGUCUGUGACUGGCCACAAAAUGCUGGAUGUUCUGGUGGCUCUGGAAGCACGUCAAAUCCAACUAGCUCCACACCUCCAUCAAGCAGCGCUGCCACCACUCAGGCUCCCACUUCGGCCCCAACAGCCAAACCUACCACAGCUGCACCAGGCACAACAGCUGAACCUACCACAGCUGCACCAAGCACAACUGCCAAGCCUACCACAGCUGCACCAACCACAACAGCUCAACCAACUACAGCUGCACCAAGCUCUUCAUCAACUGCAGCUCCCAGCUCACCAGCAACAUCAGCCCCAUCUGGAGACUGCCCAGCAAUCGGUGUCUGUCCUCAAUAUGAAGAUGAGAAUUCAAUAGCAAAACAUCUACCACACGCCUCAAACUGCAGUCAGUUCUGCAAGUGUGAUCAUGGUAAACCUGUCACAAUGGAUUGUCCAGCUGGACUACACUUCAACGCUGUUUUGGAGGUGUGUGACUGGCCACAAAAUGCUGGAUGUUCUGGUGGCUCUGGAACGACGUCAAAUCCAACUAGUUCCACACCUUCAUCUAGCAGUCCUGUCACUACUCAGGCUCCUACUUCUGCUCCAAGUUCAACAGCCAAACCAACCACAGCUGCACCUAGCACAACAGCCAAACCUCCUACAGUUGCACCAACGACAACAGUUCAACCAACGACUGUGGCAUCAAGCACAACAGCCAAACCCACCACAGCUGCACCUAGCUCUACUGCGAGUCCUGAUGUAGAGCCUUGCGAUGCAGUUGGAUCUUGUCCUGUGUAUGACCAGGACUCUAUUGUAAAGCACCUGCCGCACAGAACAAAUUGUGGGCUGUACUGUAGGUGCAACCAUGGUGUACCAAUUACGGAAAAAUGUCCAGAUGGCCUACAUUUCAAUGCAAAGCUGGAAGUAUGUGACUGGCCAUCUGAUGCUGGAUGUCAAUAAGUCAGAUCUCAUCAUCAUUGCAACCUACGUGAACUGAAAACUAAUAUGAUCAUCUGUAAUGUUGUGUUAUGCUACUCCCUGUAACACUUCGCUCUUCAUAUUCAUUUAUUUAUUGUGUUCAUGUUGCAUAAUCAUUUUUGUAAAGUAAUU